AUGCUUACACAUGUGCUACGACGCGCGACACAUGUGGUGCACACGUCAUGUGGAAGACACUACUGUCGCGACACCUUACCUCUUCUCACUAUGUACACUAAGGAUCCAUGCCCGCUUUGCGACGAAGCCAAAGAAGCCCUAGAGCCCCUCAAACACAAAUUUGUCCUGCAGCGGGUGGACAUCAGUCGUCCAGAGAACCGAGUAUGGUAUGACAAGUAUAAAUGGGACAUUCCUGUCUUCCACCUCAACGGUCGCUUUGUCAUGAAACACCGCGUGGACGUGGACUUGCUCAAGAAACUGCUGAAUAGCCAACAUGGCGACCGAUCGACUGACUGA